AGCGCGGCGUUGACAGCCACUGGCCACUGAUCAGCCCACUUUGUCGGGGUUUGUGUCUCCAUGCUAGACCUCUAAAAAACACGCUCCAACUCACUGUACGCCUAAGCCCGUCCACGGCAGCACAGUUUAAAACUUUAAACAAGGAGAAUCUCAGUUGUUUUUUGAGUCUUUUGUCUCAGCUCUCACUGCACGAUGUCCGGAGAAGACGCACCUGUUCAACAGCAAAACGCCGUGGACCAGAAACAGGAGACCAAACCGGCGGAAGAGCCAAAGUCUGAACCUGCCAAAACUGAAGCUGCCGAGGCAGCAGCUACCCCGGCAGCCGCCCCAGAGAAGGCCCCCGAGGAGGAGACGUUCACGUACCGCGCGCUGGUGCUCACCGGGUACGGGGGUUAUGAUAAAGUGAAGCUGCAGGUGAAGAAAGGAAAGCCCGCGCUCAAAGCCGGAGAGGUCCAGGUGCGCGUGAAGACAUGCGGGCUGAACUUUGCGGAUCUGAUGGCCAGGCAGGGGCUCUACGACCGACUGCCCUCCCCGCCUGUCACCCCCGGGAUGGAGUGCGCGGGGGUCGUUGAGGCAGUGGGCGAGGAGGUUACCGACAGAAAAGUGGGAGAUAAGGUGAUGGUGCUGAAUCGAUUCGGGCUGUGGCAGGAGGUGGUGGUGGCUCCAGUGAACCACACCUUCCUGAUCCCCGACGGUAUGAGCUUCGAGGAGGCUGCAGCGUUCCCUGUGAACUACAUCACCGCCUACAUGAUGCUCUUUGACUUUGGACACCUGCGGCCCAACCAGAGCGUGCUCAUUCACUCCGCCGCAGGUGGCGUGGGCACCGCAGCCACACAGCUGUGUAAAACAGUGAGUGAAGUGACUGUGUUUGGAACAGCGUCGGCCUCUAAACAUGAAGCUCUCACUGAGGCCGGAGUCACACACCCCAUCGACUACCGCACCAAGGACUAUGUGGAGGAGGUCCGCAAAAUCAGCCCCAAAGGGUGUGAUAUUGUCCUGGAUCCACUCGGAGGAUCAGACACCCACAAGGGCUACAACCUGCUCAAGCCAAUGGGCAAGCUCAUCACCUACGGUGCGGCUAACAUGUUGGCGGGGCAGAAGAAGAACCUGAUUGCGGUGGCGAAGAACUGGUACCAUCAGUUCUCCAUCCACACGCUGAGUCUGAUCCAGGGCAACAAGUCUGUGUGCGGGUACCACCUGGGCUACCUGGACGGAGAGACGGAGCUCAUCUCCCAGACCAUGAACACCCUCCUGGAUCUGUACAAGCAGGGCAAGGUCAAACCACGCAUCGACUCCACCUGGCAUCUCGAACAGGUUGGCGAUGCCAUGAGGAAGAUGCAGGAACGAAACAACAUUGGCAAAGUCAUCCUCACCACGGAGCCAAUGCCCGAGGAGGAGAAGAAAGAGGAGACCAAGAAGGAGGACAAGAAAGAGGAGAAGAAGAAGGAAGACAAGAAGAAGGAGGACAAGAAGAAGGACGAUGGCAAGAAAAAGGACGAGAAGAAGGAGGAGAAGAAGGAGGAGAAGAAAGAAGAGAAAAAGGAGGAGAAAAAGGAGGAGGAGCCUAAGAAGGAGGAGAAGUGAAGGACAGUGGGUAAUGGAGUUUUUGUCCUGGGAACGGGAGGCAUGGUCUGGUGUGGUGUAUAGGAGCCAGGGUGCAUUUUAAUGAAAGUUAUGCAAGGAGUGUGUUAGGGUUCACUGUUACCGAAAAUGUCUUUUAAGCCCAUAAAGUUGGAAUAAUUUAAUUUUAAGGCCUAUUAUAAUUUUCUUUAACGUAUGUUUUGUCUUUUGCUUUGCUUGCUCUACCAACUGACAACGCCACUUUUCAUAACCUUAUUUGACACCUCUGUAAUUAUGUUUUGACAAGGGUUAAUCACAUAUUUGCUCCCUAUUAUUGUAAUGAAUGCUUGACAACUUUAACUUUUCUUAAUUUGAAGUUUAAAAUAUGUUAUUCCAACUAUAUGGAUGAAAGUGUAUUUUACAUUCAAAUGACCACUGUCCUCCACUGUCAUGUUAACACGAACACCGCUAUAACAAAGCAUGGCCCCUUUUACAUAGAAACAGAUGUAUUCUCACUUUUCUCCCAUUUAAAAAGCCAGUAUGAGUUACUAUAAAUGGAUAAUAAUGUGCUUUUAUCCCUAGCAGUAAUUAACACUAAUACAGUAUUUGAAAACACACUAUUGCUCUGUAUACUGUGAAUGAAAUGUAUGUAAAAGGGGCUAUUUUUUUCCACUGGCCUGGCUCCUAUCUUUCUCAUAUUCUUUUGUGCACAAUCAAAUUUACUGGCAUUUACAAAUGAUGUGAAAUUAAAGGUGCGCUAUGUAACUUCUAAGGUGGAGGGUCCGCUACUUGCUUGUCCCCAUGGAGAUGUGAGUUCUUUCUCUUAAACAUAUAGCGUCUCCUUUGCAUUUGUUCAGUGACAGGUGUUUUAUAGCUCAAAAAUACCUUAAAAGCAUAAACUCUUACUAUGUACAGGCUUGCUUUUCCAUAGAUCUGACCAUUAACUCAUCUCCGCUAUGAUUUCCAAGUUCAUACUGUGGAAUAAUCAAGGUAAAACAGUAACAUCUCCGUGGAGACAAGCAAGGGGCGGACGCUUCAUUGAAAAGUGGCAUGGUGCACCUUCUUGAAUUAGAUUUUUCCUGACGCAGAUGUGGCAACGUCAAAAUAUGCAACUCAACCAGGGCUUUUGCACCAGAUUUCUUACGAUUACGUGUAUGCAAAACUUGUAUGCAAGCCAUGUAUGUAGACAUGAUGCCUUAUUGGUUGUAACAGUGCCCCCAACUUGCGCAAUGGCAAUCUAUAAUGUGAUUUUAACUGUACAAAAUUCAACCUCGAUUUUUACAAACCUCGACAACGCUAAGAGAAGAUGUUGAUAGCCAAAACGCCACAUAACUGGUCAGAAAAAUACUUUAUUACAAUCUGAAAUGAAUAUUAAAAGUCAAAUUGCAAAUGCCAGUUAUUAUUGUGCACGUAAAGUCGAUUGUACGUGUCAAAUACAAGAGAUUGGGAAUUGAAUAGACUGGCCUUAACAAAGCAUCCAACUAUACAGGUUUCCUUGGCGACACCAACCCAUGCCUGCCCCACAGCCCCGCCCAUUUACCUCCGAAGCCCCUCCCCCGUCUGCACUUCGACUCCUACUGUGCGAAAUGGGUCUGCUCUGAUUUCCACCUGUCACACUCAGCCCCUCCCCUCCUCACUGCUUUUACCCUCUCCUCAAUGCCCCACUCACAAUAACUAUACCAAGCCCUUUUUUGUACCGGACACAUAGACAAGAAAAGAAACAGGCGAUCUGACCAAACUCAUCCCACUUAAAUUUAAAGCUACACUGUGUCACUUUUCUGCUUCUCCAUGGAGAUGUUAUUGCUUUGCUCGGAAAGUACCGUAGUAUGAAGUGGAAUUAUUUAUCUUGGCAUUUUUACUGCUCAAAAAUACCUUGUCAAAUAUGCAUCCUUACUGUGAGCUGAACUUGCUCUCUACAGAGAUGCACAAGUUUAAAGACAUACUGUGAAACUUUCCUGGCAAAGCAAAGACAUCUCCCUGGAGACGAGCGCGUAUCCAGAGAAGUUACAUAGUGUAAAUUUUUAAACAGGCGUUGUCCAAGUUUGUUUGACUAGUUGCACAUAUCCAAACGCAUUUUUAAAGUUGCACUGUGUAUAUUUUCUUGUACAGGGCGUGCUGCUAUGUGCUUGUCUCCAUGGUGAUGCUAUUACUUCGCCCGGGAUGUUCCACAGUAUGGCAUUAAACUAAUACAUCUUGCGUUUAUUAUGUUAUAGGGAGUUUUUAUUUCUCAAAACUACCACAAACACAUGCAUUGCUACUGUGAGCGAGUCCACUUUUCCACAGAUCUGACCUGUAACCUGGCCUGGUGAUGUGGCUGGAGAUAUUAAAUUAAAUGCCAUACUGUAGAACAUUCCAGGGAAAAGAAAUAACAUUUACAUGGAGUCAAGCAGGUGAUGGACCCUCUACCAGAAAAGUUACACAGUGCACCUUUAAAAUCUACUGACAAAUGUAAUAUUAUUUACUUUAUUGGACCCGAGCCUGUUGAAUAGUAGAUCUUUUAUGCACACGUUGCCUUUGAAUGCUACUGAACCUAAUAGAGGGCCGCAGUGUUGGUUGCCUGAAUAUGAAUUAUAAUGAGUCUUUCUUUUCAGACUUGAAUGGGGAGGCAGAAAUCAUUGCUCAGCUACUUUCCCCAUAGUUACAUCGUUUUUCAAGAGGACCAACUGUUGGCAACACACAACAGCUCCCAAUUAAAAGAGAAUGUGUCUCCGAAUCGCACGCACACGCCAACUAUACAGUCACUGCGGUGAAAGGGGCACUGUUAAGGAUAGGAAGUCAAAAAUUCAAACUAGUUUUUGGGAUUAGUAAUGUGUUUUAAUGAUUUGCGUAACGUUUUCAGAUUAUCUUUACCCCAAAAUAUCAGAUUAUUAGGGAGGAGUCUAGGCCAAGACUUUACCAGGACCAAAAAUUGCAAGUGUGAAUGUAGCCUAAGAGAGCCAUCCAAGUCAUUACCAUUGGCUUUGUGGUAUGUUUCUUUAAUCCAGAUGCCAUUCCUCUCUAUAUUUCAAGGCUUGGAGCUGGCACAAAGUGUACAUUGCUUUGUGUUAAUUCUGUUUUUUACUAUUGGCACUGCGGUGUGUUACUUGAAGCCAGAUGCCUUUUUCUUUAGGCUAUAUAUCCAAGAUUGGAACAAGAUGAUUUUAGUCUUUCGCAUCUUUCACAGCGUCUUUAACGAUAAGACUUGACCUGUGAGUAAAGCGCUGGAUUCUCUCUCUUUCUCUCUCUCUCAUUCCUCUCUUUCUCGCGCUGUGUCUCUCUUUCGUCCCUCCCUCUCUCUCCCACUUUCCUCUCUUCAUUUAGCUCUCGAUGGUCGGCAUAGCAACAGGCGUCAGAGAUGGCACUGUGCUGUUUUCUCUCUCCCUCCUCCUGCCUUCCUGUGUUCAGUGAUUAUUAGCACUAACUACUACCAUUUUACAUGUAUUUUUCAGAAUUAAAAGUCAAUUCAAAACCAAUUUUUAGAAUAGACAAGGUGUGUGAACAAACCGGCGCACUGCUUUGAUUCCAUACAAAAACUGCAAACAAUAAGUAGCUGUUGGUUUCAUUUUUGUGCCAGAUGCCCUCCCUGACAUGACCUUCUAUGUUCAUCCAAGCUUGAGACUGGCGCAAGGAUUUCAAAAUGGUCAUCUUUAUACAAAAAUGAAAAUAGAAAUGUUAAAUUAAUGUAUUUUUAUGGUGAUUGUCAAUUGUAGCAAGUACCAAGUGUCUAUGCUUUAUACUAAGCAAACUGUCCAUUGCAAUCAACAUUUUAAAAACCCUACCUAGCAUUUCUAGUACAGUAGUAGUGCAGUAGUAAUUCAUUUAUUUAUGGUAAAAUGGUAGUAUCCGAAAACAUGUAAAUUUCCCAUAUACACCGCUGAAGGACCAAAUACAUAAAGACCUGCUAUUGCGACUUUAGCCUGAGUAUUUCUUGUCUAUGUGUCCGGGGUCUCAGAUGGUGACUAGUGACUUUGUAAAAAACUAAAAGUAAAAAAAAAAAAGUCUUUAAAAAUGGACAAAAAAGUUGUGGUGUUAGCAUGAGAGGCCUCCCUCCUGUGCCGUGUGGUGUGCCAUUGUGCGUGUGUGUCCUCAGGUCCUUAACAAAGGGGUUUCAAAAAGCACCUAUCCAUGGGUUUCGGACUCCAAAUAACACAGUUGCUAUGAUGAUUAUUGAUUCAAAACAAUGAAAAGUUUUAUCUUUUUUGUUACCACUUUAUAAUAACUACACAUUCAUUUGUUUUAAAGGUGCAUUGUGUAAAUAUUCAGGUAGGGGGUCAACUACCAUAGAGAUGCUGUUGCUUUGCCUAUAAAGUUCCUUAAUAUGGUAAUAUGAUAUUAAACUUAAAUAAGAUGCAUUUAUUUGAUUAUUUGAUUGAGUAGGUAUUUUUAUUGCUUAAAAAUACCGUUAUAAACAUGCAUUCUUACUGUGAAUGGGGUUGCCUCUUCACAGAUCUUGGCCUGGUGGCAUCUCCUGCUUGUUGCUAUGGAGAUUGAAAAGUUUAAUUCCAUACUUUGGGAUUUUGGAGGUAAAGCAAUAAUAUCUUGGAGAAAACUACCUGGCGGACCCUCUACCAGAAAAGUUACACAGUGCACCUUUAAAUCAUGAAUAAAAACUAUUUGUUCUCUAUAAAAAAAAUAAAUUAAAAAAAUUUUAGCUACAGGGAUUAGGAUUAGAAGGAGUUUUAAUUAAGUAAUUCAUAAUCCUGAAUCAUUAUUAACAAACUAUUAAUUCAUUAUGAGUUAAAGGUGCAUUACGUAACUUUUUGAUUGGGUUUCAGUCACCUGUUUGUUUCUGUGGAUAUGUUAUUGCUCUGCUUCAAAAGUUCCACUGUAUGACAAUAAACAGAUUUACAUUUAUUCAAUUAUAGGUGUUUUUAUAGCUCAAAAAUACCUAAAAAAACAGGUAUUGUGGCUGUGCAUCUCCACAGAUCUGACCUGUAACUUGACCUUGUUUGGUCUCCAUGAUGAUACAAAGUUUAAUGCCAUACCGUGAAACAUUCCAGACAAAGCACUAACAUCUCCAUGGAUAAAAGUAGAUGGUGGACCGUCCACAAGUUACGCAAUGCACUUUUAAGUCUUUGUUCUCGCUUCAUUUGGCCUGUUAAAGGUGUAGUCAUUAUAAAGUGUCUCUUUGAACGGUCCUCAAAAUGGCGUCUAGAAACAAGAACUUGAAACCCAUGAAUAUUCCUUCCUUUUCUCCUGUAUCACCUCUUUACAGCUCCUUGACACUUUCUCACUAUGCUACAAUCGACUGUAGCAUCGACCCCCUUCCCUCUGUAUCUUCUGUCACUUCCCCCUGUCUGACAAGAGGCCUGUGUUAUGAGGACAGUUGGUAUUAGUAUUUUUGCACUCUGCUCGCUGAUAUUAAUGCACUUACAAGCAUGGCAUCCACAUUCUGGUCCCUAUAAACAAAAAUCCUAGGCCUAUUGAAAUGUCAAAUACUCAAAAUACAUAAAAAGACCACCUUUUGUUUCGUCACUGCAGAAUAAAAUGUCUAAACAGUAUACUUUUUUGUCUGAGAUAUACUGGUCUCGCUCAAUUCCCAAUAUAUUUUUUGCUCUUAUUUUCAGCAAAAUUAUCAGCCGGUGAAAUUUUUGUGGUUUCAAGUGCAAUUUUCAACUGCACUUGUGAAUAUUUCAUUGAAAAAAAAGAUUUAAAAUGUAGUCUUGUCUUGAUAUUAGCCACACAUUUGGCUUCAUCAAUAAAAAUAUAUCUAGAUGAAUCAAAACUGCUCAGAUCAAUAUUUCUUUGCUCAGAAUGUUGAUACUCCUUUCUGCUGUGUUCUUGGAUGGCAGCUUCAGUCAAAAAGCGCCAUUCUCGUCAACACAAAACUAAAGCCAGGAGUUGAUUCUGUACUGGAUUUAGAUGAAUCACAACUGCUCUAAUCAAUAUUGUUUUUUGAAUUCACAAUUUCGAUACUCCUUUCUGCUGUGUUCCUGGGUGGCAGCUUGAAUCAAAAAGCACCAUUCUCGUUAGUGAAAAACUCAAAACCAGGGGUGGAUUUUUGCACCGGAUCAGAGCUUGGAUGCCAUGCUUUGCCGGUGUGGGGAGUGACUGUGUAAUGUCAGCCAAUGGUUAGUGUUGUUCUAAUCUGCUGGACUCCCUUUGUGAACCUGUGGGUGGUGCCAUUGCUUCAAAAGAUAAAAAAGAAGAGUAUGUUUUACUGAGAAAUGUUAUGUUUUAAUUUACAUAUAUAUUAUUUUUGUUCGUUUUUUUGUUAUCCGAGGGUUUAAAAGUUCAAAGCUCAUGAAGUGUCCAGGGACCUGUCGAAAUGUGCACUCCUAUUUUCUUGAAAUGUGGUUAUGUUGGUCCAGAAAUCGUGUGCCAAAUUGUAUGUAUGUACUUUCUCCUCUGUCAAUGCUUUGGAUAUUAACAGUGCAUAAAAAAAUAUUAAGACAA